AUGGCGACGGGCGGGACUAUAGCUGGUUCGAGUGCGUCUGCGACCGAUUCGACCAACUAUCGCGCGGGUUCCAUCGGCGUCGCUGCGCUCGUCGAUGCCGUGCCGCAGCUCCUCAACGUGAGCAACAUCGACGGCAUGCAGGUCAGCAACGUCGACUCGGGCUCGAUCACGGACGACAUCGUCCUCCUCAUCUCCAAGCUCGCCAACAAGGCGCUCUGUGGAUCCGACCCCGAGUACGACGCGGUCGUCGUCACGCACGGCACCGACACGCUCGAGGAGACGGCCUACACGCUCGACGCGACGCUCAUGUGCGACAAGACGGUCGUCGUCGUCGGCGCCAUGCGCCCGGCGACCGCCAUCUCGGCCGACGGUCCGAGCAACCUCCUCGAGGCCGUCACGACGGCUGUAUCGCCCGCGUCGCACGGCCGGGGCGUCCUCGUCGUCCUGAACGACCGGAUCUGCCAGGCCCUCUACUGCGCCAAGACCAACGCCAACGCGCUCGACACGUUCAAGGCGUACGAGCAGGGCUUUGUCGGCGGACUCCUCUCGACCAAGCCGUUCUUCUACUAUCCGCCGUCGCAGCCCACGUUCAAGACCGUGUACGACCUGUCGAACGUCACCUCGCUGCCUCGCGUCGAUGUCCUGUACUCGCACCAGAUGGCCACGUUCGACGGCGUCAACGCGUCGGUCGCCAACGGCGCCAAGGGCUUCAUCGGUGCAGGUGCGUCCCACGUCAAACUUUCGAGCUCGUCGUCGUCGGCCGACGUCGAGCUGUACGCGUUUGACGGCAUCCCCGUCGUCGCAUCGACCAAGAUCAACAACGGCGUUGUCGCCCCGGACGAGGAUCCGGCGGCGGGCAGCUACAUCUCGUCGGCGCUCCUGAACCCGGUCAAGUCUCGCCGCCUCCUCCAGAUCCUCCUCGCGCUCGGCAAGAACGCGACCGAGAUCCGCGAGGCGUUCGAGGAGCCGAUGCGCUCGUUCCUCUACUAG